UGAGAAUUAUACUAUUUUAGUAGAUAUUUGGCUGUUAAGCCCUUUGAGACUGUAAUAGUGAUCAAGGGCUAUACAAAUAAAAUUGAAUUGAAUUGAAUAGUAGUUAGUUUAUUGUUGGGUUGUGGUUUGGGUGAAGCGUGAUGGAGGAAUAUGAGCAGCGUCGUACAGCCAAAGAGGAGAACCGCCAGACGGGACAUAAAGACAGUGAGGUAGGUGCUUCCUAAAGCCUCCUAUUGGUGACGAGUUAUUGGCAAUCAAGUGAUUCGAUCUUUCUAAAAUCAAAAAAGAAUGACCUUUUUGUUGGUUGCAGAUAUUGGUGGUGAAAAGGCAUGCUCUGUUGGCUGUUAUUAAUUAAUGUCUGUAUUGAUUGUCUUUAUAUCAAUAUGGUAUUGACACCUUAUAUGGUAUUUGGAAGAGAUUAUGGUUUUUCCAAUUUCUAUUAAAAAAUAAAUGCUUUAGAACGGAUUCAGAUUCAUUCAUUCAUUAUGACAGAAGUCACACCAGGAAGCAUUUACUGGAUGUAUUCUGUCAUUUCCCUUAAUAUACUAGAUUCAUGCAUUCCCAUUGUCCAUCUUCUCCUAUUCAGGGGAAAGAGGGAGGGAAGGUCAAUGCAGAAUCAGUCUACAGAACAUCAAUACUACAUUUUAACAAUGUUUAAUCAACUUGCAUCAAUCUGUGAGUUAUGGAGAAUGCACAGUAUUAAUAUGUAGCCCGUGCGAUGAUGGGAGGGGUUCUGAUGAGCUCCCGGGGGACCCCCUGCAUGGCUGCUCAUACGUCACGUCACGCCCUCAGCAGGUCCCUGAUGGAGGCGUCAUUUGUACUUUUCACCCAGGCCGAGGCGAGGAGGAUCCCCGCCGACCUUCUCCAGGAGAUGAUGAACCUGGGCUCAGAGACCCCAGCGGGACGUUCCAGAAGGAGGUGGUCCGUGAAGAGGACCUCCCCAUGGGCGUCCGUGCCGAUGCCUGUGUUUGGACCAGUGGACACGGAGGACUUCCUGAGUGCAGCCAUUCAGGGCAGACAGCCGGUGGUGGAGAAGUACCUGAGCGACGACGGGAACCCCAACGCAUGCGACAGGCUGGGGAGGACAGCCCUGCAUCGAGCCUCCAUGGGGGGGCACCUCGCGGUGGUCUGCAGUCUCCUGGACCGAGGGGCGGACGUCCAGAGCACGGACCGGCUGGGCUCGCGGCCCGUCCACUGGGCCUGCCGCGGGGGCCGGGUGGAGGUCGUCAGGGCUCUGACGGAGCGCGGGGGGGACCUGGACGCCCGGGACAAGUUGCACAGCACUCCUCUGCACGUGGCCACCAGGACGGGCCAUGGUGACAUCGUGGAGUACCUGCUCUCCUGCGGUGUCAGAGUCAACUGCAGGGACCGGGAGGGGGACACUGCCCUGCAUGACGCAGUGCGUCUUCAUAGAGGCGCCAUCGUGAAGCUGCUCAUCGCUGCCGGGGCGGACACCCAGAUCAGGAACCAUGAGGGCCUGACAGCGUUGGAGCAGGUGAAGCAGUGGCACUCGGACACCAUGGAGAUCCGGCAGAGAGUGGAGCAGCUGAGAGAGGCGGGCCAACAGGCUUCUGACGGCAGGGAGGCUGGAGAGCACUGA